AUGCUGAUGCAGAUGUCUUUUAAGACAGCCUGGUGCCUCUCUGCUUCUGAGGUUGACCAAAUUGAUUCUACAUUAUUUCCAAUUGGCUUUAGUCCUGUUGCACCUCAGAGCUCCCAAAUUCAGCAGUCCACCAGCCUUGGCCUCCCAGUAGUAGCAGGAAUUACAGGACACACGACUGGACUCUCCUUGAACAAUGACAGGUUGUAUAAGCUCACAUACUCCACCGAAGUGCUUGUUAACCAGGCUGGAGAACCACUCCAAGAUGGCGCGGGCUACAAAAUCUCCUCCAACGUGGACGUUGUACUACUAUGGAGGAAUCCUGAUGGGGACGAUGACCAACUAAUUAAAAUCACGAUAAAAGAUGUUAAUGUUGAAAAUGUAAAUAAAAGGGAUGGAGAAAAGAACAUCUUCAAGGGGAAAAAAAUCUCCCAAAUCAUAGGAAAAAAUAAUUUGGCGGCUUUGCAGACACCUGUGCUUCUCCAUUUGACUCGAGGAAAGGUUACAGACUACUACUCAUAUCCAAGUGAACCAGUGGGUGUACAGAAUCUCAAGAGAGGGCUGGCCAGCCUAUUUCAGAUGCAGCUAACCUCUGGAACUACCAAUGAGGUGGACAUUUCUGGGAAUUGCAAAGUGACCUAUCAGGCCCAUCAUGAUAAAGUGACCAAAAUUAAGGCCCUGGAUACCUGCAAAAUCGACAGGCCUGGGUUUGCCACCCAGAACAAGGUUUUAGGGAUCAGCUCCAAAACAGUGUCCAUGACCACUUACAAGAUAGAAGACAGCUUUGUCACAGCAGUCCUGGCAGAAGAGACCCGAGCUUUUGGUCUCAAUUUCCAGAGGAUGGCUACAGGCAAAAUUGUAUCUCGGCAGAAACUGGAGCUGAAGACGACAGCAGCAGGCCCAAAACUGAUGGCCGGGAAAAAGGUCGCUGCUGUGGUUAAGGCUGUGGAUUCAAAAUACGUCUCCAUCCCCCUGGUCGGGCAGCUCUUCCAGAGCGAGUGCAAGCGGUGCCCUUCGCUUUCUGAGUUCUGGCAGAGCAGAAGAAAACAACUGCAGCCAGACAACCUGGCCAAAGCCGAGUCGGCCAAAAGCUUCUUAGGCCUCAUCCAUCGCUUCCGGGCAGCUGGGAGAGAGGAGCUUCUUCAGAUUCUCAGAAGCGAGAACAAAGAAAUCCUACCCCAACUGAUAGACGCUGUAACAUCUGCUCAGACCCCGGAUUCUUUGGAGGCCGUCCUGGAGUUUUUGAAUUUCAAAAGUGAAAGCGACAUUCUUCUGCAGGAGAGGUUCCUUUAUGCCUGCGGUUUCGCCUCCCACCCCAACGAGGCUCUGCUAAAAGCUCUGCUCAAGACAUUCAAGAGUCCUAUUGGAAGCAAUGACAUUAGAGAAACGGUCGUUAUCGUCAUUGGCGCACUUAUCAGGAAAUUGUGUCAGAAUGAAGCCUGCAAAGCCCCAGCUGUAGCUGAAGCCAAAAAGCUGAUCCUGGGAGGCCUUGAAAAGGCGGCCAAAAAGGAGGAUAUUAAGAUGUAUUUGUUAGCGCUGAAGAACGCUCUUCUUCCUGAGGGGGUCCCCCUGCUGUUGAAAUAUGCUGAGUCAGACGACGGGCCCAUCAGCCACCUGGCAGCCACAGCUCUGCAGAGAUAUGAGAGCUCUUUCAUCACUAAUGAGGUGAAGAUCGUCUUGAACAGGAUUUACCACCAGAAUCGGAAGAUCCAUGAAAAGACAGUGCGUUACCACCGCGGCCCUCCAUCCCUCCUGAAUAACAACCCUUCUUACAUGGAAGUCAAGAACCUCCUGCUUUCUAUUGGCGAGCUCCCCCAAGAAAUGAACAAGUACAUGCUCUCUGUCGUCCAGGACAUCCUGCGCUUUCAGUUACCUGCCAGCAAAAUGAUCCGUCGAGUCCUAAAGGAAAUGGUUGCUCACAAUUACGACCGUUUCUCCAAGAGUGGCUCCUCCUCUGCCUACACCGGCUACGUGGAACGUGCUGCUCACUCGGCAUCCACUUACAGCCUCGAUAUUCUCUACUCUGGCUCUGGGAUUUUAAGGAGAAGUAACCUGAACAUCUUCCAGUACUUGGAGAAGACUCAUCUUCAUGCUAGCCAGGUGGUUAUUGAAGCUCAAGGAUUAGAAGCCUUAAUCGCAGCCACCCCUGAUGAGGGGGAAGAGAACCUUGAUUCCUUUGCCGGCAUGUCUGCCAUCCUGUUUGACGUCCAGCUAAGACCUGUCACCUUUUUCAAUGGAUACAGCGACUUGAUGGCCAAAGUUCUGUCGGCGUCAGGAGACCCUGUCAGUGUGGUGAAAGGACUUAUCCUUCUGACUGACUAUUCACAGGUGAUUCAGUUGCAGUCUGGGCUGAAAGCCAAUGUGGAGUUCCAGGGAGGUCUGGCCAUUGAUAUUUCAGGUGCAAUGGAGUUCAGCCUGUGGUACCGUGAAUCUAAAACCCGAGUGAAAAACCGGGUGGCUCUCGUAGUGACUGGGGACAUCACGGUGGAUUCCUCCUUUGUGAAGGCUGGCCAAGAAGCCAGCGUUGAAAUAGAAGCAGGACUGGAGUUCAUAUCCACAGUGCAGUUUUCACAAUAUCCCUUCCUGGUCUGCAUGCAAAUGGACAGACAGGAGGCACCCUUGAGGCGAUAUGUGACCAAGUACGAAAGACUCUGGACGGGCAAGGGCUAUGUCUCCCGCAAAGGAAAAGAAAAGCUGUCCCCAGGAUCUGAAUUCCCCCUUCAUCAAGAGAACUCUGACAUGUGCAAGGUGGUCUUUGCCCCACAGGCUGAGAACUCUUCAGAUGGCUGGUUUUGAACCUGGUGCCUGACAGGUUUCACUUGAAUCCGUGUGUCCCUGUGGGAGGCGCAGCUACGGCAUAGCCCAGCACCUGCUCACAGAGAGCACAGUGUUUACAUGUUUAUGUGUAUUUAAGAUUUUUGUAAAAGCUAUGGGAGAAAAAUAACUGAGUCAGUCAAUUCUGAUGGUCCCUCAAUGUUGUCUUGGGUCAAACAACCACAAAAGGGUGACGUUUUCCAUGUCGUUUCUGGUUUUCUAAUACUCAUUUGCCCUUGGCCUGCUGUAAGAAGAGCUUUGCUACAGGCAGAUGUGCUAUACACAAGGAGCACCAGGAGUCAGUUUUUCAAGCAACUUUCAAUUAAGAUAUUGCAAAGCCUUUUCUUAACAACAUGUUAAAUUUACAAUUUGUUUUUACCAACUAAAUUGUCUAAUCAAGAAGAAACAGGCUGUCGUGUUUUUAUAAGACUUUUUAUGGCCUGUCUCACUAAUUAAUAUUUAUCUAUUUGGUUCUUAAGUUUAUUUUUUAUUUUAAGCAUUAUGGGAAGUAGGCAUGCAGAGCUAAAUGAUGAAAUCUCAUAUCUCUGCAGACCGUAGGUGAUUAUUUCUCCAAGGAGCACCUUUGGUUGUCUUCCUUCAUCCCCUCCAUAAAACAAUGGGAUUUACUGUGUAGGUACCGGAAAAAUCUGGUUUGGAAACCUCAUCAGAUUUACGUUAAGUUAUGUUGUUCUCUUUGAGCCUUAAAUUUGUACACUGUUCUCCUAAAAAGGGAUCCUUUUCCAAAGUCCUUUUGACUUCAUCUCUUCACCUGGUUUGGUCCCAAUAUCUCUUGCCUCUGUCCACUUCUCUCUGCUCACAUGGCCACCACACUGCUGUAGACCCUCAUCACUGCUCACCCACACUGGACUCCCCGCUUCUAGUCUUUCCCUUCUCCAAUUCAUCCUCUACUCAGCCAUCCCAAUAAUCUUACUAAGGCACAGGACUGACCACAAGCAUGUAACUCUCCUCCCCCCUCGCCUCUUCAAAUGCCAAUCAUUCAGCCCCACCAAGCACACAACCCUUCACACACAGUCUUGCUGGCUCUGGCCUAACUUUCCAAACAUCCCACAUUACUCCGAUUCAUGCACGAUUUUCUGGCCAAAGUGGCUUAUUAUUUGUUCAGCUCGGGAUCCCGUCUCCUGCCCUUGGCACACGCCCUCUUUGUCCACGCCUAGAAUGCACUCCCUCCUGGCCUUUGUCUUAUCUUGCUUCCUUCCAGGCUCACUCAUGUGCCUCCUCUUGGAGGAAGCUUCUCCCCAUUUCCCUACUAGUAGCGCCUGGACUAGUAGUCUCCUCCCUUAUGUGAUCUUGUCUUUGCUUAUCUGUUCAUUUGUAUCCCCCAGUAGAAUGGAAACUCUUUGAAAGCAGGGGGUAUCUUUCAUUGCUGUCUUUAGACCCCCAGUGUCCCAGAGCAGUGCCUUAUACGUAGUGGGUGUUCAUUAAAUGUUUGUUGCCUGUCAUUGAAUCGAUAGCAGUUUGGUGCCGCAAGGUUCAGACUUCCCAAAUGGCCAGAGAAUUCACUUUAAUACGCAUGUAUGAACUACAGACAUAAGAAACAGAGGAAUCUGGAUUUCUGGACAAUGAGACCAGAAAACGAAUCAUCUGUCUCUAUAAGAAUAAAAGGGAAACAUUAA